AGAGAGUCGAUUGGUAGCUGACCAACGAAAACAAACGUUCGGAGGAGACGGUGUGCUCUGUCUAUCAGUAUACACUGCGCCUCAUAAGCACCCAGUAGACGAGUGACAAACCGUGCGCUCACACUUUGCCAUCCAGCCAGAUACAGAGAAGCAAUGGGAGACGAUAACUGAGGCAACCACAAAGAGAUAUACACUGAGACCGAUUAUGGCUGUGGACGCUGCGUCCAGCUUCAGCUUCUGCCAUGCAUCCCUGGAGCAAACCGUUUCUGCAGAGGAGCUAAGCUACCAACUGCCUCGCCGGCCAGCGUCUAGUCUCACCUGGCAUGAUGGGAGGGGACAGAUGAACACGUAUACACGCGCCGUCAAACUACUGCAGCAACCUGGCUCAAAGGGCAUACAGCUGCAUCCAGGAGGAGCCUUCACUGUGUACCACACCAGCCCUACGCUGUCCAGUCUGUCCAAACCAGUGGUGCUGUGGACCCAACAGAACGUCUGCAAGUGGCUAAAGAAACACUGUCCACACAACUACCUAACCUAUGUAGAAGCCUUCUCCCACCACGCUAUCACAGGUCGUGCAUUGCUGAGGUUGAACGGGGAGAAGUUGGAGAGGAUGGGCAUCGUCCAGGAGACAAUGAGACAGGAGGUUCUACAGCAGGUCCUUCAGCUACAAGUCAGAGAAGAGGUCCGCAACCUGCAACUGCUCAGCAGAGGUGAGGUGAGGUGAGCCUCCUUCGGAAACCUUUCUUAGCUCGAUCCCUUUCUCCUCCGCUGAAACAAUACGUCACCAGUAGCUAUGGUAGGACCUGGUCGCUCCAGAUAUGUGACAGCAGAACUGGGCUGUAAAAGGAGAGAACUGAAGAGGGGAGAGAACUGAAGAGGGGAGAGAACUGAAGAGAGGAGAGAACAGAAGAGGGGAGAGAACUGAAGAGAGGAGAGAACUGAAGAGGGGAGAGAACGGAAGAGAGGAGAGAACUGAAGAGGGGAGAGAACGGAAGAGAGGAGAGAACUGAAGAGGGGAGAGAACUGAAGUGGGGAGAGAACUGAAGAGGGGAGAGAACUGAAUAGGGGAGAGAACUGAAGAGGGGAGAGAACUGAAGAGGGGAGAGAACGGAAGAGGGGAGAGAACGGAAGAGAGGAGAGAACUGAAGAGGGGAGAGAACUGAAGUGGGGAGAGAACUGAAGAGGGGAGAGAACGGAAGAGAGGAGAGAACUGAAGAGGGGAGAGAACGGAAGAGAGGAGAGAACUGAAGAGGGGAGAGAACUGAAGUGGGGAGAGAACUGAAGAGGGGAGAGAACUGAAGAGGGGAGAGAACUGAAGAGGGGAGAGAACUGAAGAGGGGAGAGAACGGAAGAGGGCAGAGAACUGAAGAGGGGAGAGAACGGAAGAGGGGAGAGAACUGAAGAGGGGAGAGAACUGAAGAGGGGAGAGAACUGAAGAGGGGAGAGAACUGAAGAGGGGAGAGAACGGAAGAGGGGAGAGAACGGAAGAAAGGAGAGAAUGGAAUAGGGGGAGAGAAGAGUCUAUUUUCUACAUGACAAACAGACUGAAGGAGGAUUCCCAUUCAACAAGGCCAAACUGGUUUAAACGAGGAGCGACGGAGUGGGAGAGAAAGAGACAGUGAACUUCUGAAUAAAGGAGCACAGACUGGGCCAUAGAUAAAAGAUGUAUGAACUGACGUUGACAUUGUAGACAAAUCAAUUUGUCAAAUCAAAGUUAUAUUAUUAUAACUACAUGAGGUUCUUGGCCUCUUCUUUCAUUGCGGAUGAGAACUAUUACUGAUCAAUCAAUGGAGUAGAUUACAGUGGGUGGCUCAUUCCAAGAUGGGUGGAAAGGAAAUGAGAAACCGAAUGUCAAUGACUCUGUAUGAUUCCCACAACCCUGUUCACAAUGUAUCUUUUCUUCUCAGGAUUUUCAUUUUGGAAUAUGUAUAUCAUUUUGAUAGAUCUAAUUCAUACAGUAUAACGUACAUCAUUGCCUACGUGAGCACCCUCUCCCCAAAGCAUGUUCUCUUCCUUUCUUCUAUAAAGCUGUGUCAUGACGAUGUACAGAAUGUCACCUCCCAGAUCAUCUCUUUGUACUGUCCAUGAACCAUGUCUAUGACAAACAGAUAUAUUUGAACGUUCUAGAGUAAUAUAAUUUGUAGAGCUGAAUAUAAUGUAGAUCUAUCUAUACAUUUAGUGUUUUAUCAACAGAGGGAAUUGAAAGAACAUGCUAUGAUUUGGAGUAAAUGUUUUUGCCAUAGUUGUAUUUGAUAAAGCCAUCAUCGGUACAUGGUGUAGCUGGCCAGAAGGAAUGGUUCUUUUCUAGCAGUAUGAGUCAAAUGCCUACAUCUCCCAUGAUGCAGUAAUAGUAUACUGUAGUCACAACUCUAUUGUGUAAAAAUAAUAUUUAUCCUACGUAUAUUUAGUGUAUUUUCCCCUAAUUAUCAGGAGUACAAAACAUUAGUCCUUGAGGGCUAUCCUGCUGCUUUUCUCUGUCAAUUCAAUUCAAUUCAAGGGCUUUAUUGGCAUGGGAAACAUGUGUUAACAUUGCCAAAGCAAGUGAGGUAGAUAAUAUAUAAAGUGAAUAUAUAAAGUGAAAUAAACAAUAAAAAUGAACAGUAAAUAUUACACAUACAGAAGUUUCAAAACAAUAAAGACAUUACAAACGUCAUAUUAUAUAUACAGUGUUUUAACAAUGUACAAAUGGUUAAAGGACACAGGAUAAAAUAAAUAAGCAUAAAUAUGGGUUGUAUUUACAAUGGUGUUUGUUCUUCACUGGUUGCCCUUUUCUCGUGGCAACAGGUCACACAUCUUGCUGCUGUGAUGGCACACUGUGGAAUUUCACCCAGUAGAUA